AGAAGCAGCAACUUCCAUCUCUCAUUUAUCUUUCUUUCUGCCCUUUUUUUAAUCUUUCAUCAUCAUCAAGCCCCAAUCUUCAAUGCCCACCUCUUUCUCUCUCUACAAGCACCAAUCUUUCUCUCUUUCUCUCUUUCUCUCUCUAAAGAUUCAGUCUUUUCUUCUUUCUCUCUCAUCCAUCACAGAGAAAAACGCACCUCCAAAGAAGGAACAUUGAAGUUACACGCACGCCCCUUCCCCAUCAAAAACAAAGAAGAGUCCACACCACGCCCAACUCUUCCCCCCUGUCUUUCUCUCUCUAGAAAUUCUCUCUCUCUCUCCAAUGGCCCAGCUGGACCAAAAUUUAUGUAGAAGAAAAACAAAAAAAGGAAAGAAGGGGAAAGAGGGAAAAGAAAGAGGAGAUAGAUGUCUUCUAAUGUCCUCCAACCAAACCCACCUCACCUCACACAAAACUCUCUCUCUAGCCUCUCUCUCAUCAACAAACAUGUUGCCAGAAAUGCCCUUCUGCAACCCCCCAAAAAAUCUCCCAUCUUCAUCACUGUCUUUCAAAACAACAUUAUUUUUCACCGAGUUAUGUGGGCUCUUUUGGGGUUUUUGUUGUCUUGGUCAGAGUUUUCACAGAGAAAACAGGAAAGCAAGAAACUUCUCCUCCCUUCCCACCCGCUCUCUCUUUCUCUCUCCUUUUAUUUUCUUCCUUGUCCUUGUUGCUUCUCUCUUUCUCUCCCUACCCACUUUUAUUAUUUCCUCCCCAACUCUUUCUUCCUUUUUCACACCCAUCUCCUCCUGCCCGUCUUUCUCUCUCUCCUCCCUGUAAUUUUUGGGUUUUGGGUUCUGUGUUGUUUUACUUUCUCCCUGUGAUCUGAUGAAGAAGAUGAAAGGGGUUGUUUCUGACGCUGUGGAGGACCAGAGGACCAGGUUCAAGCACCAGAGUCUCAUGCAAGACUAUGAGGAGCUGCAGAAGGAUGCAGAUGCUAUGAAGAAGAAAUUGCAGAUGAUGAAACAGAAAAAGUCUACGCUCGUAGCCGAAGUAAGGUUUUUGAGGAGAAGAUACAAUUACUUAUUGGGGAAUCAGUCAACACACACUCGACCAAAGCAAGACGUUGUGAAAACACACAAUCUAGAUACCCAACGCGUGACCUAUCUGAAGGGAAAGAGUUCCAGUAAGAAGGAAUCAGCAUCGCGAUGCCCUCUGCCUGCAUUAGACUUGAACAAAAAGGAAAAGGUUAAACAUGGAAUGGAAGACAUCGUGCGGAAACCUCCUCCAAAAUUUGACUUAAACCUUAAUGCAAGGGCUCUUGGCGGAAAGGAAGCUACUUUGCGAACCCCCACUCCAAACUUUGACUUGAAUAAGAAGGAAAGGGUUCAGAGCGGGAAGGACACGGCAAAGCGGAAGAGCACUCCGGUUUUUGACUUGAACCAGAUUUCGAGAGAGGAGGAGGAGGAGGAAUUUCAAGCGAAUUAUGAGUCGAUGAGGAUGGAGGAGCCCAACAAAACUUUACACAGAGGGGGAAAUGACGAUCAGCACAAUGACAUGAAGCUCCUGGCUUGCAGGACCAUCGGGAGUGGGUCAAACCGAUCCGGGAAGAGGAAGAUUACUUGGCAAGAUCAGGUGGCUUUACGGGUCUGAUUUUACUUUCUUUCUUAAAGAAUUUACUGAUGAAGAUCGUAUAUCUUGUUGGGGUUGGAAAUUACGGUUUAGUUACUGUGCUUCUUUGAUUUUCUUCUUUGUAAAGUUGUUAUAGUCUUACAUAUCGAGUGUAUACAGUUCAAAUGAUGGAAUCAAUGGUUUAGGAUUAUUCAGAUUUCGUUUGUGUUCA